CAUUUUUUGUUUAGUUUGAUCUGUGACUAGCGUUUGAAUAACAUGUUGGACGUUUCGUGGUCUAAAUGGAUGGGUCCAACAUCCCUGGCCAUGACGGCCCUGGUCGGAUUGCUGGGCGGAUAUUAUUGGGUAUGGAGUCGUUCCCGUUUUGUCCGUCUCAUCGACGCUCUGCCCGGACUGAAAACUCUUCCUUUGCCGGGCAACCUCCUCCACCUAUUGAAAUUCUCUCCCGAUGAAAUGUUGCUGGGCAUGAACCACCGUCAUCCAAUUUACAAGAUGUUGAUCAGCCGUUUCUUUCCAGUGGUUUUCAUCGCUCAUCCUGAACUAUGCAAAGCGAGCCGUGGAAAAAACGCCGUCGCAUGCUCAACCCGGCGUUCCACUUUCAAAAUCUCAACGGGUUCUUGGAUAUUUUCAACGACUUGAGCCUCGACUGCGUUGCCAAAAUCGAACGAAUAAUUCUCGGGACGGAAUCAUCAGGCUGCAAAGAAAUUGACGUCCAUCCGAUUAUGUCUCUGCUAGCGUUUGGAUCUAUUU